GCAAGAUGCUGUAGGCAGCAAGUUUGUAAUGUACAAAUGUAUGUGUGGGUCACUCCAGGAUGGUAGGGCACAUUAACACAUAUUCUUACAUUACAUCACCAGACAGUAGCAGUUCACAUUACUGUGGGUCAAUCCAUGGUCACAUUGACCAAAAUGUUAAUACUCUAUGUGAUGUGAAACACUCUACCCUCUCUACACAGCAGGCCUGGUGUGGUAUAGUCCAGAUGUCCAGGGAAUGAGCAUGGGCCUUGGACCGCAGUCUACAUAGUGAAUCAGGGAGGUGAGCAGAUGUUAUGUACUUGAGACUUGUGUCUGCACAGCUAAGCUUGGGAUAAGAAUACCCUAUAGAGUUAAGAGGCUAUCAGAUCAGAAUUCAAGAUUGGAGAGUCUUGAGGAUCUUCUGGUAUGAUUUGAUCAUCCCCUGCUUCAAUGAUGCUAGGUUUGAAGUUUCAGAUGAGAUGAGAUGAGGCCAUGUGUCUACUCUGCUGAAAGGCCUAAUGCAUCAUGUCGCCAGAGUGAUACAGCAGUGUCACCAACCCUGUCGCCAUGGCAGCGACACAGAGCCCCGUCGUCAAGCAAAUUGAUAAACAGUUCCUAGUCUGUGGCAUCUGCCUAGAGCGGUACCACACCCCUAAGGUACUCCCCUGUCUCCACACCUUCUGCCAAAAGUGCCUGCAGAACUACGUCCCUGCCGAAUCCCUGACCCUCUCCUGCCCUCUCUGUCGUCAGCAAUCCAUCCUCCCAAUCGAAGGGGUGACAGGUCUACAGAACAAUUUCUUCAUCACCAAUCUGAUGGAGGUGUUAGAGGGGCCAGACAGCAGCAGCGACGAUGGGGCCAGCGGAGGGGAUCAGACCCACCACGCCGUGCCUUGUUGCUCCAGUCACGAGGGGGAGCCCUUGGACUAUUACUGUGACGACUGUGAGACGGCCGUGUGCGGCGAGUGCACAGAGUCAGAGCAUGUUGAUCACCCUACAGUGCUUCUGAGUGACAUCAUUGAUGAACACAAGGAGGUCUUAAGGGAUAUACUGGAUAAAGCUAAGGACCAGCUUCCACGUCUUCAGGAUGCCAUUGAGAGAGUGACAACCAUCAACCUCAACCUGGAGGAGAAGAGAAACAAAGCGGAGACGGAGAUAUUGACCUCCUUCGACACCUUAGAGAGGGGAAUCCAAGAGAGAAAAGAAACCCUUAUCAAUGAGCUGAAGGGCACUCAUGAGUCCAAGCAAGAGGUGCUUCACAAACAGCAGGAAAAUCUGGAGAAAGAGCUUCUUAGUAUAGAGCAUAAUUGUGACUUCACUGACCAGGCCCUGCGGAGCGGAAACGAGAUGCAGAUUCUACUCGUCCGGAAACAAAUGGGACAGCGUCUGCGAGAACUAACAGAACAGUGUCAACAUCUCCAGCCGGAGGAGAAUGAUUUCAUUUCCUUUGCCGGUGAUGUCGGCGAGAUGGAGAAGUCAUUGGCCAACCUCGGCACGGUGCGCAGCAACAGCGCCAUUGCCCAUCAGACGAUAGCCGUUGGGGAGGGGCUGAAGCGAGCCUUCAGUGGGGAGCAGAUGAUUGUUACGAUAACAACGAAGAACUAUAAAGGGGUCUUAAUAACCAUUGGAGGAGCUGAGAUCUGUGCCCAGCUAUUCUCCUCAGACGGUGGGGUUCAUGAUACACGAGUGAUUGAUAACAAGAACGGUACGUAUGACGUCUUGUAUACAAUACAUAAAGAAGGCCCACAUCAACUGAGUAUAAAACUCUUUGGACGACACAUCAAGGGGAGCCCCUUUAAGUUGCGCGUGUUGAGGGAGAGCAGCUCAUCCAGUCCUAAGUCACCGACGAGUAAGAUCCCACGGAGUAACAUCAAACAACGUGCAAUGAGAAGACCACAGAGCGCUGCCGGAUCGCUGAGAGUCUAUCGUAAAUCCAACCCCAUGGAGGACGAUCUGGUACUCAUCAUGGGUCAGAGAGGGCGCAAUAAAGGGGAGUUCACAAACCCACAGGGUGUAGGGACAACCGCUGCCAAUGGUGGCCGGAUUGUGGUUGCAGAUAGUAACAAUCAGUGCAUACAAGUCUUCAAUAAUACUGGCGACUGCAAACACAAGUUUGGCAUCCGAGGUCGCAGCAAUGGCCAGCUGCAGCGGCCCACCGGAGUUGCAUUCACAGCAUCUGGAAACUACGUUGUUGCGGACUACGACAACAAAUGGGUGAAUAUCUUCGGACCGGACGGCAAGUUCAUCAAUAAGAUCGGCACGGGAAAGCUCAUCGGACCAAAGGGAGUCUGCGUGGACAGUAACAACAACAUCAUCGUCGUCGACAACAAGUCUAGCACCAUCUUGAUCUUCACAUCAACAGGAAAGCUCCUCAACAAGUUUGGAUCUAGAGGAGCUGAGGACCAACAGCUGUGUGGACCUCACUUUGUGGAUGUCAAUAACAGUAACCAGAUAGUGGUGUCAGACUUCCAUAAUCACUGCAUUAAGGUAUUUGAGCAAGAUGGGCAGCUAGUGACAAUGUUUGGCUCAAGGGGUGAGGGGAAUGGACAGUUCAAUGCUCCUACAGGUGUUGCGGUUGACCUCAUCGGGAAUAUCAUUGUAGCUGACUGGGGUAACAGCAGAAUUCAGGUCUUUGAUCAUACAGGUUCCUUCCUCUCCUAUGUCAACACCACCGGGGAUCCUCUCUACGGCCCGCAGGAUCUGGCCAUCACCAGCGACGGUCACGUAGCUGUGGCAGACUCGGGUAACCACUGUGUCAAGGUAUACAAGUACUUGCAGUAGAAGGUACGCCAGUGUCCCUAUGUUCCAUGCAGAGGGCUUAUGGAUAUGUUAUGUAGCGGGAGCGCGGCAAGAAGCGGGUCAUGGCAGUAUUAAAAAUGAGUUGGCUAUGUAUGAGUGACAUAAGAAAUACCUACACACUCUUAAAAUAACGUCCAAACAAGUUUCUGCAACUUUUGUCUGUAGAAUUCUAAAAAAGCAUGCAAGGAAUUUUAGAGUAGAGAAAGAUGCAUGUGUAGAAUUUAGAUAUUGAGAUGUUAAGGCAGCACUAUUUUCUAAACGGGGCUAUUUCAUUGAUGAAUUAGAGCAGGCCUCUGGCUGUACAGGGAAUAAUAAGCUCUCACCAAGUUACUGUACGCUUGUGUAUCAUUGGUGACUUGUGCUGUAACUGGGUGAGAGUUCAUAAUUCCAUGUACAGCCACUGGCCUGCCUCCAUCAAGAUGACACAGUCCCUUUAAGUUAUAAAGAUACCACUGACCAUGCACUGACCCCUGCUUUAAGCAGGAUUGAAAGAUAACGAAAUACCGAAUGUAGUAAAGCAUCUUUCUACAUUAAACUUUUCUGCACCAGGUUUCACCUUGAUUUCCUUUUUUUGUAAGAUUCAUCCAAACCAGGUGAGAUGUACACUGGCAGAUCUCAGCCAAGAAAUGUAAAAUGAAAAAAAGUCUUCAUACUGAAUUAGUUUAUAGAUUCUCAACACCAUGCAUCUUUUUCUGAUUCAUUGUUUGAAUAUGUGAAAACACACUCAAGCAACUGGACUUUAUUAAAACUAAUACCAUAGCCAACUCAUUGUAGCAUUGUAGUUAAAAACCAAACAACAUUCUUCUGGUAUGAAUAACCCCAAUUUGAAAUAAGCCGCGUCUAAGUGAUUUUCAAGACAAGUAAAACAUACGGCUAAAAUUCAUGUGCAAAUUUAUGCCUGAAACAAUUUAUCAAGAGUUUAACAACUGUCACAAAUUUUGACAGAUCAUGUUACAAUUGGAUAUGGUUCACAUCUUUGGAUGAUCACGCUUUUGCUUUAUGCAUGGAAUUAUUAUUUUUGUAUACUUUAUGUUAUAGUUUUGCUGCAUAUAUUGUGUAUGUAAAAAUGUACAUUUCUUUUGGAAAUAAAUGUACAGUCAAAACAAUGCUUGCUAACGUUUUUUUUCUACCUUUGAUCAAAAGAGUUGUGUAUAUUUAUUUGUAAUGUAAAACAAAGAUGUAAUAUAUUACUUUUGCAUAAGUGUUAAUAGAAUGCCAACAGUGAUUUUUUUUCUUCUCUUUGUUUUGAUAGAAAGUACUUUAACAAUUUGUUUGCUUUAUCUUUCUGAAAAACUACUUGCAGCAUGUUUUCCUUUUCUUUGGAGUUUCACUGGUUCAAAACUGAUAUCCAAGUUAACCACACAGAACAUAACUUGCUUUAAAACUUUUCAGAAUUAUUCAAAUGGGGAGUUGAUAGCUUCUUGCAUGUUUUGUGUCGUCGUUGUUGUUGUUGUUGUUGUGGUUUUUGUUUUUGGUUGUUGUUGUUGUUGUUUUUCCCAUACACCUCAGCAUAAUUUGUUUGACAGAAUUUAAUUUGUAACAUUUCUGGGGCUAAUGGUCGAAAGCGGGACACUUGGCUGUUCAGGACCUCCAAAUGAUGAGAAGAGAAGUAUCAAAUCCCAGGGUCGGGAUGACUAAUCUUUUGAGAUAGCAAACAACCAUAAUUGCUUCUCUCUACCCGGGAGGGUAAAUGGAUAUCUAGAGGGCCGAGAUGGACUCUUAAAAUGAAGUAGGCACAUUUUGUUCAGGUUGACCUGAGAGGAAAAGUCCCCUUUGUGUACUCAAAGUGGCCAUGCUCAUGUUGUUUACUGCAUUAAAAUACACACAAAUCGAACUUAUCAAGAAAAACAAAAAAUAUUUGUUCUUUUGAGCCUCAGUGUGAUCUUUUUGAGGUAAAGCCCAACAUGGCUAUUCUACGCAUGAUGAAGGACUCCCUUUGGGUAGAAGCUUGUAUAUUCACUCACAGUUACACUUAUUUGUCUGCACCUCUAAACACACUGCAUGUGCAUGUUUAAUUCGUUGCCAUCAUUGAGUGCUCUGUUGAUACAUUUCUUUGCAAUAGUUUGAAUAUUUUUCUCAUUCCAAAGCUCUGAUUAGAAAUUGUACCAUACUUAAACGUGCCAAAGGCAGGCAUGAUGCCAACUUAGCCUGGGAAAAUUGUGUACAUAGGUGUAAACAAAAGAAGAAAAAAAAGAGGAAAAUAUAUGCACAAAUAUUAAUCCAUAUUCGCGAAUGCUCUAAUACUGCCGUGCCUUUCUUCUCAAUUGAUAAGAGUGCUGUUAAUGGAUGUCAAACUUGGUAUGUGUCUGGUAUAUUUCCGCAAAUAUUUUGCUGCCAUUAAACUUGGUAAAGUGGCGUCAUUUGCAAUGACAAGCUUUGUUUCUCUAACCCUCUGUUUGGUUAGACACAAGGGAGCCAAUGGGGGAAAUACUCCCCAGCUUUUACACAGGAGAAAAACUGAAUACUUCGAUUUUUAAAGCAACAUGAUCAUUCACUGUUGUAUUAAAAAGAAGUAGCAACAUGAUCGUUCACUGUUGUAUUAAAAUAACAACCCUUUUUUAAUUUGAAAACAAAGUGCUGUAAGUGGUUUCAGUAUCACUGUCUCCAUUCAGUUUCAGAUUUCAAAUCAGUUUCCUUGGCAAUCACAUUUAACUCCAUAAUUGCACUAUUAUGGCACAAUUUGUGGAUAAUGAAUUUGAUCAAAACGAAAUGGGAUAGUGCAGAGAAACAGUUUUGAAAAUUGCCUCCGUUGCCAAUUCUGCAUGCCAAGUUUUACCUCUGUGAUGACAUUGCUUGCAAACCCAGUACUAUUUUAAACAAAAAAACAGCGAGCAACUUGAUGAUAAGGUUUGGAGUAGUGGGCAUUUAGUGCUGGGUGACAAGCAAGAUGCACUCAUGUAACUCGAUGCUUUCUUAAAAAAUAGGAAAAGGGGAAGGGAAUAUUGAUGUGUAUAUACAUAGAGCUCUCUGCAUGAAACUACUAACAGGAAUGAACCGAACCGGAAUAAACUGGAUUGAGCUGGUUGACACUGGCCGGCGCUGGAUCUAAGUGGGCCCUGGUGCUGUCCUGUUUGCCUCUGUAAUUCAUGCAUGUUGUCAUGGUAGCAAAAAACUAUUGGGAAGUGAACUAACAGCUAUUAGUCAUAAACAUGUAAAAACAUAUUUACAAACAUUUAUAAAUUUCCGCUAAAAAUAAUGUUGAAAUGAUGGCUUCAUCCAUUCAUACAUUUGCUAAUAAUACUAAUACUACUAACAUAUCAUUCACACCAGUCAAUACUAACCGUUCUUAUUUUUGAUCCUAAGUAAAAAGACCUUGUCACAUAAAAGCAAGUUGGACAAUAGUUUGGCAAUAGUUCACAAGGAUUUGACAAACAUCAUUUUUGUAUCAUUCAGCUAUGUGCACAUCUUUAACAUAACUAACAAAAUCAUGAGGAAGCAAAAUUUCUCAGGGGUUCCACAAAUAUGCUUAAAAUGUUUGUUACUCAUAAAUGACAAGGGGGUUACUCAUAAAAGAAAAGGGGGAGAAUAAGAUAAAUAGGAUAACAAAAUGUCACAGUGGUUUUCAUUCCCCUUACAGUACUCAUGGAUGGGUUUCAAAUCUCUAACAAGUGGAGCAGUUGUCUUUAGUAGAUGUUAAAAUUUCAUCAGGGAAACAGUACUUGUGUAACCCAUACACCAAUGUGUGUUUAAAGUUUGUGGGCAGCACUCGUCCAAAAUAACGUUUCGCCAAUGUUAUUAUUUACCGACAUCACUUGAAAAGAUGAAUUUUCUCACUUUUCAACAUCUGAAUAAAACAUUCUAUCACAGGCUUAACAUUGAUAUUGAAAACUUGACAAGUCAAUCUUAUUGGAGAACUUAAUGAUGAAAGAGAACUUGUAAUCAAAUGCAAUUGCAGUUGCUCAGUUCCAAGGUUAGAGAAAGUUGGUUGGUUGGUUGGCUGGCUGGCUAACUUGUUUUCGAGCGCUGUCCUCAAAAAGAAAAAUCACUAAAGUAGUCACAGCUCUCAUCUUAGUACAAUCAAAAUUAUUGAGUCACAUUGUUGUCAAGGCUUGUAAUGUUUGGUUGGUCCUUAGUUGUCCAGAAUAGUCAACAGCCAUUUAAAUUACAAAGGAACAAGCAAGAACAUAUCAUAUAUGAAAAAACAUUGUCAAAGAAUUUACAAAGAUUUAUUCACACAGUCUACAGUAAUGAUAACCAUAAAACAUAAAGUAAUAUUUGACAUUUCUUGAGUUUUGGGUUGCCAUGACUUUCGACAUUGCCCAUUGUUAUUGGUCAAACAAGCAGCACCCGGGUCUUCGGCUUAGCCAGCGUGUGACGGUACCUGUAUACUGCAAGCUACCUGUCGAACUUGCUAGCUAAGUACAACAAAACUGGUGUUUAUGCUUGUAACUAUUGGGGAUAAUGUAUUUAUAAGGCAAUAUUCUAGUGCAGUUAAAGGCGUUUUAUCGGUACUUGUGAAAAGAGCCAAAUUGAAGGAUUUGUCUUUAAGAACAAUAUUUCCUUUCUGAAAUUUGAACCCUUGGGAAAUUAAAGCUUUGAUGUGAGCUCAGCCCCCCCACCCCCUUAACCCCAGUGCAUUUGUAUGUAGACUGGUAAAUUGGUGUAGAGGUUUAUUUUCCUUGCCUGCCACUUGGACCCAGGUUCAGAUCCUGGCAAGGCAUUAUGUGAUUUGAGGUUUUCAGUUCCUUCCGCCAACAUCAUAAAUUGAAACUUCCAUGUUUUCUCAACAUACAGUUCUCUGUUCUAAGAACCCAUGGUUCCACAACCAGAAUUAAGUAAAAUGUGCCAAUCUAUAGCUUGAAAGUGCAAUGAACUGGGAGAGAUCACACAGGGUUCUUUUUGCUUCAUUAUCAAUUUUGACCUAGCAGGUAAUACAAACCACAAAGGAAGCUGUAAUUUUGGAUGGUCAAUUUAUUGAAUGCUUGCAAGCACAGGGAGCGAGCAUACUCCCUCGAAAUAAAGACCACCUUCAAUUCGUAGCAAUGAUAAAUCAGGAAUCGAUUCCACAAAGUACUUUAUAAUAAGAUUCAUGCGCGUAAGAUGAGUAAAUUGUUGAUUUGGACAAGGUGAUUUGUAACGUUAUGUCACACUUUACAAUUAAGCAGUUUAGAUUGAAACACAGAAACUCAGUCCUAGCUUUUGAAAAAUUGGUUCCAGUGCCAAAUUUCGUAGAGCAAACAAUUAUGGUAGCAAGCUUAUUUCGGUAAGCUUAAUUUUGCUAUGCUUAGCUACUUAUUCGAUUAAGCACAUCAAAUAGCUAAGCACAAUACAACUAUGCUAACCAGAAUAAGAAUAUCGGCAAAAAUACCAUGUCACAUGUACAAUCUUUGACUAGUGUCCUUCUUAUUGCUGCUAAGCAGAAACAUUUUAAGCAACACUGUCUGCUUUAGCAACUCUAUGAAAUGUGGCUCUGGUCUGGGGUGCUGUCCGCUUGCCCAAACGUUUGCGCAAACGUUUGUAAGUGUGUGUUGCGCAGAACGAAAUGCGCUGUAUAAUUGUAUGCCCAAUCCAAUCAAUUUUUUGAAUCAAUCAUUUGGCAGUAUUUACAAUGAAUACUCCUUGUGUUGGUCAAUAAUUGUCGUCUGAUCUUAAAAGUACAUUCAUUGUAUGUCAGUUAAGUUACUUAUGUACUUGUACUUAAUUUGUUCAACUUUUUAAAAGUUCGCCGAGUGGUGUUUUUAUGACAGAAAGUUACAAUUCUGAGAAGAAGUUGAGUCUUUGGAGAAUGUAUGUAAAAACCAAGCUCAAUAUUAUGUUUGAAGUUUUCUUGCAUAAAUCCUCUAUGAAACACUUGCUCAAUACUUACUCAAUGCAACUCGCGCAGGCUUGUGGGUCCAAUUUCAUACAGCUGCAUGCUUAGAAAGAAAAUUUUGCUGCUUAGCAAAAGUGAGGAGGAUACCAGGCAGUCUCAACAUGUGACAUGGCUGUUAGGUUGGCAACCUUAUUCUGCACAAUUUGAUUUUGCUUAGCUUUUUUUCUGUUUAAGCAGCUCUAUGAAAUUGGGUGUAGAACUGCGUCGCACUUUACAAAAAUAUGAAACAUGGGCCAAGAUCGAUGAGAAAACAUCUGUAGCUUUUAUAAGAUUUUUCACAAAUAUAUCUGAUGGUAUGAUUGUAAAGUAAAAGAAUUGUUUGCAGUCGUCAUUCAGUUUGGUUAGACAAUUCAUGAAUAAAUUAAAAAAUAAUAUGUGUAAAUGUGUUAUGUCAAAUCGCUGAGAAAGACGAUGGCUCAAGUGUGCUGUUAUAAAAUUUUACUAUUUCACACCCGGUUAAUAAUUGUGUGUUUAAGUAGGACAAGGAAAAACCCUGCCAACACACAGAUUUUCCGAGGCUUUAUUCACUUGGAACUGAUAAACACUAGAACCAAACCAAGAAUUGCCCUAAAAGCUGAGGCAGUUAGAUGGUCUGAACCAAUCACACGCCUUUGCCAGGCAUUUCGGCUGCAAGCCAAACAUGUUUUCCAACAACUCGUGCUAAAUUGGCCCAACUGGUUAGUGGUUAACAGUCGUUCAUAACAUUUGUCAACAAGCAUUAAAACACUCGAACCCUUAUAAUUAGAUGAAACCUUUUGGCGACCAAAGAUAACUGGUUUAUACGACGCCCUGAAAUUCGAAGCUUAUUCCAUGUUUGUGCAAGACAAUUGCCUUAGCUAUGAAAGCAAGUUUAGUGCAAUAUUUAGCAAGUUGUAAUAUUUUGGCAUGGAGUUUUGCAGUUGUAGUUUUAAGAGAGUAUUAACAGUGUACAUGUACAGUACUGCAGAUGUGUAAUAAGAUGCAAAAUAAUAAUUAUAUUAAUUAUGAAUUAAAAGUAGUUGGUCCUAUUUAAGAUAUCUGUAAAGUAAAAGUGGGAUGGUUACAGGAUUUUUGAAGUUGGAAUAUCCAGGGCAUUGUGAGUAUUUUUCUCAAGGGACUAAUUGUAACAACUCAUAACUCAUAACUAGCUCAUAACUCAGUACUCAUGAAACUCAUGUCAGCUGUAACAAUUGACUGUAACCCCAAACCUGCCCAUCCAUUUGUAUUAUGUUGAUUGCAUUCUGAUAGACGCAUCAUUCUAUGCAAUAUCGAUGAUGAUUUUACUGUCUGUGAUUAUAAAGUGACAAGUUUUAUUAACAGAAAAACAAUAAUUAUGUAACUGUUGGUGAACUGUGAAGAUUUAAAGCGUUAUGUGACAGGCAAAUUAAAAAAACAUCUAAAAAAAAUGUGGAAACAUGUUAAUGAGA